AAUGACGCGCUACUUCUUGUAUGAGUCCGCCUCCCUACGUCCUCAACAGAAAGACAGGAGUACCGGCUCCGUCUCCGCUCAGCUCUUAUUAAAAUAAGUAAGUUCUAUUAAGUAAUAAAAUAGAUUAAUAUCGAUAUAUGUACCUGAACUAAAGAGAUAUCCUUCGCUUGAACAGCGGUUGUCCAGGUGGCCUCAGAUGGAUUGAGUGAGACCUGAAAGAUAAUGGAGAGAGGUGUCCACAGAGGAAGAUGGAACAAAAGUGCCCUUGUUGGCAUAAUCCUGCUCCUUAUGUGCAAGCAUGUGUCCACUUUACAACCUUCAGAGGUGGAGACGUGUCCAGAAGAGGACUAUCCCAAUUCACGUGGAAUUUGUUGCAACAAAUGCUUUGCAGGUACUAAGUUUGUAAAAGAAUGUGAUUCUCCGGGUCAUAGAACCACCUGUGAAGUCUGUCCCAAUGGAGAAUACACAGACCAGAUGAACUUCUCCAAGAACUGUAGAAAAUGCAGAACCUGCAAAGCAUCGAAGAAUGAAGAAAUGGAAUCGCCAUGUGAAAAGACCAAGAACACUAUUUGUCGCUGUAAGGAAGGUUAUUACAAAUCUGUCAUCGACUCGGAAACCUACGAGUGUCGCAAAUGUGCCCAGUGUAGACUUGAUGAAAAGGAAAAGCAGAAAUGUACACGAGAGAGUAACACUGAGUGCGGAUGCACAGAGAAGUACUACAGAGUCAGAAACAAGUGUGAACCCUGCAACAAUUGUACUGCUGAUUGUGGACAUCUCUGUUCAGCAGCUACCGUCAUUACAAUAGCUCCCAACAAUGGAAACAAAUAUCUCAUUAACAUAAUUUGUGGAACUGGAGCUGUGGCUCUGGUACUGUUGGUGCUGGUCAUUGUCAUCACCUAUGUGCUCACAAAGUGGCUAACCAAGAAGAGGUUACUGCAAACGUCCUCCCAACCGAGUGACGACUCCCCGGACUCAUCUGAGAGUUUUACAGUCCUGAUACCGAAGGUUGAACCUUCAUACAACAUCAGUGUCGAGGCUGUUCCUAUAAAUCCUCCGAGUGAACAAGAGCAGCUGUCCAAUCUGCCUGACUGUGUCCCCUUGGAAAUCAAGAUCUCUGACCUGAUCUACACGGUGCUGGAUUUGGUUCCUGUGCUUCGGAUGAAGCAACUGGUGCGUUCCCUUAGUGUGACAGAUUCAGAGAUCGAACAAGCAGAGCUGGAUUACCGACCCUGCCGUGAAGCUCACUACCAGAUGCUAAGGAUUUGGACUGAGAGAGGGUCACGGGCAGGUGGAAUGCUGCACCGGCCCUUGUUGCAGGAGCUAUUGAACGAACUGAGAAAGAUGCACCUGGGACGGGCUGCCGAGGAGCUCGAGACAAAGUACGGCAUUCAGUAAUUCUGCAACGCGUGCCAAGUGGGACAAAAAGCUUCUGAAACCAAGUAUUGUUUAGAGACCCUAUCACGGACAGCCUCAAAGCAUACAAACGGACACGGUGCUAUCACCUCAGCUGUUUCAUUUCACAGUAACCAGCGUCGCUAUGCACUCUACCUCUCGUCCUGCUGAUCACUUAGUGAGAUGACAAGGUCAAACUACUGAGAGCAACAGAUCAAAUGGCUCUGGGAGGGAGAGUCACCAAAUGUGAUUUUGCACUGAAAAAUUCAGCUUUUUAGAAACUUUUACCAGUGUAUAUAUUUAUAUAUAUAUGUUUUUUUUUAUCCUAAAGGAAGAGUAAGACAUUUGGGGAACUACACCAAUUCACUUUGCACAGAGUUAGCUUAGCAAGACUUUGGGCUCUGUCCCAAAAGCAAAAUCCACCUCCCAAGACCUUUAAGGCUUACUAAUUAACACGUUAUAUCUUGUUUGUUUAAUCUGAAGAAAAACAGUGUAAAGGUUUGGGUUUAUGGUUGUACAAGGUGCAUGUUCAAAUGAUUUCUUGGCUGGGGGCAAUGAGUUUUAGAGGUACAAAUAGGCCAUUUUUUGGACAAAACCAGGCCAGUUGUUUCCUCCAUUUCCAGUCUUUAUGCUAAGCUAAGUCUAGCUUUGUACAUACAAUAGAAACAUGAGUGUGUGAAUGAGCGUAUUUCCCAAAAUGCUAAACUAAUUCUUAUAUGAUAAGACGCGCUGUUUCUUUGGUAUGAGUAUACAUUAUAUCUUUGGGAAUGUGGGUUUUUGAUUUGAUACAAGAAUGAUCAGUUUUUUUUAUAAUGAUGAUCUGAGUGUUGCUGACUGCAUAUCGUAGUACUUUGUAGUAAUGUUGCUUUUUACUGAACAGCAAGCGACUCCAUUUCAUGUAUAGUCAAAGGUCACUAUUUUAAACAUCUAUUUAAAUAUGCAAACAGUCAUUUCUAGAGCAGAGGGAAGUGCAAAAUCAAAAGCUCUCUGUUCAGCCAACAAGGUUAAUUGGUUAUGUUUUAAUAGUAGUUCCUAGUUAUACUUUUAAACCUGUUCUGAUGUUCUCUUUUAAAGGUUUAUGGGAACAAUAACAAAGCGAGGGAAGUUUGUAGUUCUUGCUUAAAGUAGACCAGACCCCUGGCACUGUUCACGGCUUGUCACAGCCAGAUUAGCAUUCUUUUGAGCCCCCUCAUACAAGCAUUAUUCAUGACUGUUAGAAAAAACAGGACACGCCUUGUCUCAGUAUGCUUCAGCUAAGCAACUUACCAGUCCUGGCUUGCAAAUUCAGAUAUGAAUCAGUCAUACUAGGACUGACUGUGGACGUGUCAUUCACAAAGCACUUUUUAACCUGUAUCAAACUGUAUUAUACUAACACGACCAUGUAUCGAACAAUCAUGCUGUGCAGCAUAAACAAUUUUGUUGUAACCUCUGAACUUUAAAUAAAUGUUUAUAUAUCAUGUA